CUUUAUUCCUUGUUCAUUCCUGCGGCAUAUCUUAAUUUCCCUAAAGCCAACGAGCGUCGGAGAAGCAAAAUGGUGAUGGUUUAGAACUUUGACUUGCUACAGCAAUCCCAAAUUCGAAAAUCACUACGACACUCUUUGCUUCUUUAUUCAAAGAAAAGUUCUUAUGAUCUUAUCUUCCCCACGUUCUCCAUUAUUGCUGGUUCAGUGAAUCGGCGGUAGCCAUGGCCGCAGAUCUGGAGAGAGGGCGGUAUGUGGUUGUUGUGCUCUUCCUUUGCUGGAGUAUGAUCCUAGGACUCCGGUCGAUCGCAGCAGAGACGUCUCUCGGGUCGUCAACGGCGCAGGCAGGAAGCAACGGCAGUGAUCGGAUGGACUACGACAAGCCUCCUCUCCUCGGUCGCCUCGUGAAUUCUCUCUCCAAGAAUGGUUCUCACUCGCACGCUUGGCCAGAGCUGGAGCUAGGGUGGAGGGUUGUGCUCGGAUCCACAAUCGGCUUCGCAGGAUCCGCUCUCGGGAGCGUCGGGGGAGUGGGGGGAGGCGGCAUCUUUGUGCCCAUGCUCACCUUGAUCCUUGGUUUCGACCUCAAGACUUCUGCAGCCAUCUCCAAGUGUAUGAUCAUGGGAGCUGCCGGAGCUACCGUUUACUACAACCUAAGAUUUCGACAUCACGCAUUGGAUAUGCCAAUCAUUGAUUUCGACCUUGCAUUGCUAUUCCAGCCUAUGCUUUUGUUGGGUAUUAGCAUUGGCAUUGCUUUCAAUGUCAUCUUUGCAGAAUGGAUGAUCACAACCAUCCUCAUCGUCCUAUUCCUUGGGACAUCAACCAAAGCAUUUCUAAAGGGAAUAGAGACCUGGAGAAAGGAAUCAGUGCUAUUGAAGGAAUCAGAUUGGCAUAUGGCAUCAUCAAACAAACAAAGAGAUGGACCAGAAUUGGAAUAUCGACCUCUCCCUGGGGUACAGAUUGAGAAUGAAGAGCCAACUACCUCAUCAAAUGGAGGUAUUUCAAUUGGAGAAAAUAUAUACUUAAAAGAAUAUUCGAUGCUUUUGGUUGUGUGGUUUGGAUUUCUCAUCAUUCAUAUAAUCAAGGACCAUACCAAAAUCUGCUCUGCUGAAUAUUGGAUACUUAAUAUUAUGCAGGUGCCAAUUGCUACUUCAUUGACACUUUAUGAAGCCAUCUGUCUUUACAAAGGAAAGAAAACAAUUGCCUCUACAGGCAAACAAGAAAUGAACUGGAGAUGCCACCACCUUGUCUUUUGUUGUUGCUGUGGAAUAAUAGCUGGAAUUAUUGGAGGCCUUCUUGGGCUGGGAGGGGGGUUCAUAUUAGGACCCUUAUUUAUUGAAAUGGGUGUUCCUCCACAGGUUGCAAGUGCAACAUCUAACUUUGUUAUGACAUUUUCGUCCUCCAUGUCUGUCAUACAAUACUACCUACUUGGUCGAUUUCCUGUUCCUUAUUCCACGUACCUGUUUUGUGUGGCCACACUUGCAGCUGUAGCUGGACAGUACCUUGUAAGGAGGCUUAUCAUUUUGAUAGGAAGAGCAUCUUUGAUCAUUUUCAUUCUGGCGUGGACCAUCUUUGUCAGCGCAAUCGGUAUAGGUUGGCUCGGCAUAGAAGACCUAGUGGAGAAGAUUGCAAGGAAAGAGCAUAUGGGUUUUGAAAGCCUCUGUCAAUAAUUUUAGGUUCUAUGGAAGCAUUUUUGGCUCAAAUACUUCUGCCGAAAUCACAUGAAAACCAGCGGCUUUUUCCAAAGGACAGUGUUGGCUGUAGAGGUCGGCAGCAAAAGUGUCGGUGAACUUUGGCCAGAAGUCGCGCAGGGGUUCAGGCAAAGACAGUAAUCAAAAUGUAAACAAAGCCUCUCCCCCUUAUCUCUCUCUGUUAGGGUAAACAAAGCUAAAGUAUGCGUCCAAUUUCUGACUUAUAAAAUGUGGAUCGUGAAACAUGACUCAGCGCACUGAUACGCUGCUCGUGCUUACCAAGUAGACGAGGUCGACCGUGAACUCAAUGUCCACUCGAGUUACUUUUUAGGACCAUCUUCCGUCAGCACGCACUCCUAAGUUUUUCCUUUACACCAUAGCUUUGUAGGGUUUGUCGUGAUCGCUUAUGUCUUAAGUUAUAUUUGGUUGGGUG